GAUGCUCGGGCCGAGUAGUUAGUACAGAUAACGUAAACUGUACAUUCAUCCUGCAUUCAUACAGCUUUACGGCUUGAUGUGAAAACAAGCCUGCUGUUGGUGAGUGUAGCUACUGUAUUUAGUGCACGAAUAGCCCGGAAAUGCUAGAAUUUACCCGUUUAACCACCGACCGUUGGGUUCAAGCUAACACACCGGGCUACCAUUAUCUGUAUCUCUGGUUAUUAGGGAGAAAUCGUUCAUUUAAGUGAAUUGUUCGCCUAUUUGAUCUUUAUGGAGCUACAAUACAUUUCAGAGGUCAAGAGGCAGGGAGCCAUGCAGAGUCCUACCCAGGCAAACAGCGGACCUAACGCCUUGGCCACAGCAACAACAGAGCUACAACUGGACCCCCACACUGAGGCUAAUUCAGCACAAAGUAAUCCAGGUGUACAAGAGGAUGAGAAUGGAUCCAGUGCUCCUGCUGAAUCUGAAACACUAGUCACACCACAGGAAGACAGGACAGCACAAGCAGAGCACAAUGAGCCUGCUGAUCAACCACUCACUAGGACCCCAGAAAACACAGGAGGGAUGGAGACAGCUUCAAAGACAUGUGUCUCCUCAGAUCCUGUACCCGAUGAAAAUAAGACUCCUGAGUGUGAUGGUGAGAAGUCACAGAAAAAGGGACAAGGUGCUCGUGAAGUGAAGAAAUUCGUUCUCUCCAAGAAAGCAAUGAUUGAUCCUUUGAAAGUAGACAUGUCCUGUCCAUCAUAUGUUCCUCUCACAUCAUAUGAGCUCUCCCUGCGAUGCCUCGAAUGCCACAUUAUCUUCAGGGAUCCCAAGAGUAAGGAGCGUCAUCUGAAGCUUAAGCACCCAGCUGAAUAUGAACAGUUGAUUCUGAGGAAUGCCUUCUUCACCUGCUAUGUUUGUGACCGCCAAUUCACGAACUCCACAGAGCUUAUGGCCCACCAGAAGGCCCACACAGAGAAGAAACCCUUCAAGUGUCCACUCUGUGGAGAUGCCUUCUCGAAAUCAUCAGAGCUCACUAAUCAUAAGAAAGUUCAUUUUGGCGAGGGUGGUUACAAAUGCAAUGACUGUGGUAAAAUUUGCAAAACCAUGACACUGCUAAAGUAUCACCACCGCAAACACACUGGAGAAAAGCCAUAUGUCUGCAAGAAGUGUGGAAAAAGGUUUAACAUGUCUAAAGCUCUGAGGAACCAUACGCUCACACACACAUGGAAUGAAGAUGAAGAUGAAGUAGAUGAAGCACAACUGAAAAACAAUGGUGUUCCUAAAACCUAUCCUUGUACCACAUGCGAUGCUUUUUUCAAGACUUCCAAGUCACGGCUAAAUCACAUGAGAACGAAGCAUAGAUGGCAACCUGGAUUCCAGAUGAAACAAAAUAUACCCAUCAUUACUCCAAUAUCUAUUUCUCAACCUGCACUGCUACAGCUAGAGGCCAAUGGACCCCUACAAAAAGUUGAUGGCAAUAUUGACACAGAGCAGAUUCGCAGACUUAUUGAAUCUUUAGGAAAUGUUCAGAAAGUGAAUCAAGUUGUCAUACUGGGACAGGUGCCUCCUCAUGCCCCACCACUGGAAGUGAAGCAGUUUUCACAACUGCCAGAAACUACACAUUUGGAUAUCAGUCCACCUAAGAUAGAUUUUAUGGGUUUGAAACAGCCUGAACGUGAGACUGUGGAAUUUGAACCUAUAAAUCAAACCUUUGACCCAAUGGAACAAACAAUCAUCCUUGAACCAAUUACACCAGAUGGACAGCUAGAAGACCCCUCUUUGUCAUUACUGCAUUCCAAUGUAGCAGCAGUUGAAACUAUAGAGCUAACACUAGAACAACCUGAGCAAAGAGAGAAGCAUGAGGGAGACACGAUGCCUCAACUUCUUAAACAGCCAGAUACUAGUGCAACUCAGUGGGAUAAUAUUAACCAAAUGGUUUGUCCAAAUGAACAAGACUUAGCACAAACAGUUAUAUUAGAGCUUACCCCUGCCUUGAUACCAACCAAGGAGCUGGAACAAUCUCAUACUGAGCCACUAAAUGAAAUCCCAUCAUCCAAUUUUGGUACUGAAAUGGAGAAGACCCUUCAACAGGUUCCAAAUCAGAUGGUUGCUGGUGAACCAGAUACCAGCCUGUCAGCCCCACCUUUUUCUGUUGAAUUAGAGGUGACACAUUUACAAAAAAGAAACCAGGGUGUACCAUCAGAGGAUUUACCUACUCAAACUCUGACUGAAUCUGGCACAAAUCCCCAAAAUGAUGAUGAUACACAAAUUCAAACAGGAGGUCAAGAUCUUCUCUUCCAUGUCCUUGAUAAAGCUGUAUCCCAAGAAACACAGGAAAAGGUUGAUCAAGAACCAUGUGAGCAUGAGAGAUCUGCCCAAGGACCAUCUGUACAAGAUCUAUCGGCACAAGAACCAUCUGAGCAAGAGCAACCUGUGCAAGAAUCAUCUGAGCAAGCACGAUCUGCACAAGAACUGUCAGAACAAGAGCAACCUGUGCAAGACCCAUCUGAGCUAGAGCAAUCUGCCCAAGAACCACCUAAACUAUCUGCACGAGAACCGUCUAAACCAUCUGAACAAAAAAUUUCUAAAGAAUUGGUGGUAGAAAACAAAGGCCAGGAGAAGUUGGUCAACCUAUCCAAAAUGGAGGAUCCAUUAACUAAAAAAGAAGACCGGUCACAAUCAGAGGCUAAAAAGGUAUCACAGAUCUCAGAGUUUCCUCUAAAUGUUAUGUCAGCGCAAGAGCUGGUGAAAGUGCGGAAAAGAAAACCAACCAGGGCAUUUUUUCAAGGAUACAUGCAAGACUGGGCCUCCUUAUCUGCCGAUGAUUUACAAAUUGAUUCUUCUCCUGCCAAACGACAAAGACAAAAAAAGGCUCAUCUUGUUGUUAAAUUUGGCCCACAAAGCAAAGAGAAAAAGAAUAAGAAGCAGAAUAAGACAUCACAAGAGGAAGUGUUAAGUGGUAAAGCCCCAACAGUACAUCUCUCCAAGAAUAAAGUAUCAACACAAAAGAAGGGAAGAAAGGGACGUCUGUUAUCUUCCGCUGAAAUAAAGGCAUCCUCAAUCCAGGACAAACGAGUACAACAGAACAAAGAGGAUACAAGAAAAAGUAAAAAGAAACUGCAAAAAGAAGUAGCCAGGGAUUGUGUGAAUAAUUUCAGGGGAGGGAAAUCACCAGUUUCCAAGAAAAAACAGGCAAAAAUUUUGCAAGCAGAUCAGCCCAAGAUUGCAAAAGAUGGCAAAGGAAAGAAAAAACUGGCAAGACAGGAAAAAGACAAGACAAAAACAACCCCAGCUUCAGAUACUACAAUACAGCACAUGAUAGAAGACUCCUUGCUUCUACUGAAAGGUCAUAAACAACCCCAGUUAAAAGUUUACAAGUUGGACCCUUCUAAAGCAGCCAGCAAUACUGUGGAGGAUCCAUCUUAUGGGUCUCAAAAAAUAUCCCCACAGAGUAAAAACAAUAAAGUCAACCACCCAGCAAGUGAGUCUACAAAUAAUUCCAUAUUGGAUGGUAAGAAAAAGACCCAGGGAAGAACCAAAAAGAAUCGUUCAUUGUUGUCCUCGUUAAAAAUGACCCCAGAACCACCUGAAACGCUGCCUGCCAAGCCAAAGACCACCAGGAAACGUAAAGCCUCUUCUAACAUUGAGACUGAAGGAGUGAUAACCUCUUCUCAUUCCAAGCGUGCCUUAGAGUGCAAAGACUGUGGGGAGCGAUUUAGCGACGUCCCUUCCCUUCAGAAGCACAAAACAACCGUUCAUAUCAUAGAGAGUCCUGGCCUUACAUACACCAACGGGAACAUCUUUGAAGGUGUCUCCAGGUCAGAUCUUUAUCCGUUCCCACAGCAGCAUUAUAAAGCUGUCACCCUGAUGAAUGCUGCCACUGGAUGGGACACUGAGCCUGAAAUGGGAGAGAUCACAUUAGAAGACAGGGAGCGAAAUGUCUCUUUUCCAGCUUUGAUUCCAUCACCAUCUUUACCUGUUCUACCCUCGGAUGUUGAAAUAAGUGUUCAUGAAAAUAAGGACAGAAGUAAAACUGAAUCAGACAAUCAGCCACUGCAUGAUCAAAUGAAAAACAGUGACACCCAUCCCAGUAUCCCAUCUAAUACAUCUUGGACUCAGAAUUCAGAGGCUGCAAAGUCUUCCACAUUAGAUGAGACCACAGAAAAAGCAUGUACCGUGGAGAACCCCAGCUCAGAAUCUGAAGGCUAUUGUGCUAUGAAUGAAAACUUCAAGGAGGAUUUACAUUUUGAGGUAGAUUUAGUUACUGUUGGGGCACAGCAUGAGAGAGACGAUCCAUCCUCUAAUGAAGACCCAGCUCACCAAAAUGAAUCAGAUGGUUCUGAGCUAAGAAGGGCAAAUAAACAUCUUGAAACCGCUGAAAAAACUCUGACUUCACAGACUGUGUCAUGCUCCACCCAUCAAGAGGAGAUCAAGGAGGAAGAGGAAGAAGUAUCAGUCCAGAAGAAUAAAAGAGGGAAAGAGACUGUUAUAAGAAAUGCUGCAAAAAGUGUGGGGAGCAGGAAGGGGCAUCUCAAAAGGGACAACGUUUCUGCUGGAGAUACUGUCUUUGGACCAGAAUCAGAAAAAGAACAGGGUGGAUGUCAACCAGGCUACCAGCCUAUCACAUCUGAUUCAGAAAUAACUGAAGACAGUGUUAACAAUCCUGAAUUGAAGGCAGACAAUGCUACGACUAAUUCUGCUGUGACUUUGACCGCCGUAUCUCCUGUAGUGCCUGAACUGGAGCCUGUUACCACAAGAGCAGAUGAGGUGAGGAAUGAAAAGGAAAUGCAGGAAAGGAACAAAUCUCCCAGUAUUAUACUUGAGAGGGUCCUCACCGCUACACCAGGAGUUACAGUACACAAGGAGCCUUACCUGGUGAUAGCAAGCACCGGUCAAAGACAGGGUUUGAACAGGGUGACUGGGAAUAAAGUACAAGUCUUUGAGAGCCUGGAGAUCAAGGUUGAAGAGAUAAUAGCAGAUCAGCCACCGACUGAACUAACCUGUCCUAACAAACCCAGUUUAAUUCUGCAACCACAGCAACACUGUGAUAUACAGGCUGUCCUGGUGAAGGAGGAGUGUAGCCCAGUUCUGAAUGAGGCUCAGACUUCACAGGGCAGCAGUAUCCGCUGGAAUGUGGAGCCAUUCAGCAUCGGGAACACUUCAAGUCCGUCACUGAAUAGCGUGGAUACAACAAGAGACUGUCACACCACACCUGAAUUCAAUGCCAACCAGUGUAUCUUCUACCCAGUGAAGCAGGAGGAAAGGGAGGUUCUUUUGGGUGCUGCUCAGACAGACAAUGAAGAUUUAUCCACUUCGUUGUCUGGUGAUGCCCAGCAGACAGAGCAUCAAACAACAGACGGGGAGCGCCAUUCUGCCAUAGACUACCAGGAGGAGAGAGUGAGACGUCGGUUGCCGGAUGCUGGAGAGACUGACUUUGCAGAUGGACAAGCUGAGACUGACGGUGAACAGCAGCAUAAUCCAGAUGUCCAGGACUUUCUCCUCCAAAGUUCUGAUGAAGAAGAUGUGGGUGGUUUUGAACUGUCUGACUCUCAGCUUGAUGCAGAAGCAGAAGUGAUGGCCUAUCUCUAUAACAGCACCGACAGUGCACAACAAACAGACCAAACACUACAAAAUUUGCCAGCUUCAGAGAGCCAUUCUUCAGCACAAAGCGAGGCAGACACAACCACAAGGCCGGUAGAUUACUUUUCCAAGUACUUUGGAUGGGAUACCUGGGUAGAAAUUACGAAUUGCACAAAUAAACUGUCCAACAUGUCCAGUCCUGUCACAGCCAGAGAGGUUGCACAGUUUGUUGGGAUCCACAUUGCAAUGGGGACAUUAAAGUUUCCCAGUCCGAGGCUCUACUGGGAGGACUUGACAAAGGUGCCAUUGAUUGCAGAAGCAAUGCCUUUUUCCCGUUUCCUUGAGCUGUCUCGCAUGUUGAAGCUUGCCUCUCCUGUAAAGGAUCCAAUAGACCCAAAUGUUCAAAAAGGAGGACAUGAGAGUGAUAUACAUCUGAGUAAAAAACUUGUAAACAGACAAAGUGAAAUUUCUCUGCACAGUGAAGAUCAGAGACAAGGUCACAUGUCAGAUGACUUGAAUAAUUCAAAAACAGAUCCCCUGUGGAAGGCCCGGCCACUGCUGUGUCGAUUUAAAGCAGGGUGCCAGUCGCUGAGACGUGAUGGUCAGUCCGCAGUUGACCAGUAUCUGCUUCCUCUGACUGGGAAGAUGCACACUAAGAAACCGUCUCUUCACUGCACUACACUAAUCGGAUUCAACGGUUUGCUCUUACAUGUGGAUCUUAAACUGGGUAUGGAGGGUAAAGAAUACGCUGUGGAACAAAUGGUCCCCAAAGGUAGUACAGUGUUUCUUUGCAAACAGGAACUCUCCACUCCGGCCAUGCUGGAGCGUCUGUUAGUUGCUGGGGUUCAUGGUGCAGGCAGGGUGGGAGGGGCCCGGGGGCAGAUCGGAGAUGAGUUUGUUAGCUCAGACGGGAAGUUGAUGUUGCGUAGGUCUCACCGUGGCUUCAUACUUUCUACUGUGGGAAACGGACAGAGGAACAUGGCUUCUCUUAUUGACAACUUCGAGAAGGCCCAGAUGUCAGCUCGUCUCAACAGAGACCUGCUAAAUCUUUACUCCAUCCCCCUCACUGCCUCUGCCCCCAGCUGCUGGCCUCAAGCGGUGCUUUGGUACCUGACAGAUCUGGCUUUGGUCAACUCCUGGCUACUAUACAGGCAGGAGCACAAGGCAGCGUCUGCACCUUUAUCCUUUAUGGCUUUUAGAUUGGAGGUGUCAAAGGCUUUCAUCCUAUCAGACAGCUCCGAUACUCAGGACUCAGUUCCUCCUCAACCCCCCUUAGAGAAAGUCCAAGCAACACAUGAAACCCCCAACCCCAGCCUGGUGGAGGAGAGUCCCCUCCCAGAUGCAGCUACUCGAUAUGAUGGUUCGGGCCACUGGCCAGAGCAGCUUGCCGAGGGAGAAGGGGGAAGAUGUCGUUUCGGGGACUGUCAAAGAACAUCCAGAGUGCUAUGCCUUAAGUGCUGCGUCUUUCUUUGUAUCUCUAGAAACCACAACUGCUUUUUGAAUUUUCAUAGGCAAGAGGGUUUAGGAAAAAAGUAGUGUCCAAAAUUGUGCAUUCAGUGUAUACCCGGUGUAUCAGAAGAUGUCUUUAUAACUUUUCCAAUAUGCCUUUCAUUCUCCUUGUCAUUGUUUAACUGAAUACUUGUGACAGAAUUUGUGACUUAAAAAUGUUAUUGAGCAAAUAUAAGAAUUUAUUUGCCUUUGAAAGGAAUGUGAAAAAAAAUUAUAGCCAUGAAGCUGCAGAACAUUAAUAUAUGAAUUUCAAUGUUUUUUUUACCUGACUUCAUGCAUUUCAUGGUGGGUGUUUAGCUCUAUUAAUUUAUAAACUUUUUUUAUUUCAACAAAAAAUAAAAUACUUUUAAGACUGUU